AUGGCCGAGGUCCAGAUGUCAGCUAUGUCGGACACCAAGUCAGCCAAGGCAAAUUUGAAACAUCUCAAAAAGAGUGAGGGUAAAUUUGGAGUGGAAGGUGGACCAAGGGGUGAUAAUCUUUUUAUUUGGGAUGUAAAACUAAAUGAUUUUGAUCCUAAAACAAAGUUGGCAAAAGAUUUAAAAAUUUAUGCUAAAAAAUACAAAAAGACUGAAGCUAUUUCUUUGGAGAUGAAGUUUCCAAAAGAUUAUCCAAUGUCACCACCCUUUGUGCGGGUAAUAAGCCCAAGAUUUAAAUUCCUGACAGGUCAUAUCACCAUUGGUGGUAGUAUCUGUAUGCAGUUAUUAACUAAAUCAGGCUGGAGACCAGCUAAUGAUAUUGAAAGUAUAUUAAUUCAGAUACGAUGCGAGAUAAUGUCUGACCCGAAUGCACAGUUAGAUUACGAUGCUGAUAAGGAGUAUGACGAAGUGGCCGCUAGACAGGCAUUUGAACGAAUGGUGAUGAGGUAUGGAUGGAAUAAAUGACUGAAAUUACCACCAUGAUAAAACAAUUCACAGCGUCAACCACAUUCGCACAUGUGACCUUACAGAGUGACAAAGUUUGUUACCUCAUUGGAAGAAUCUCUUCAUUGGAUCUUGUUUGCAGUAUCUGGUAGUAAAGCAAAGUUUUAGGUUCAUCUUGGAUCAGGCUUUCCUUUCUGG